GCCAUUUUGAAAAAAAAAAAAAAAGUGAAAACAUUCCACAUUAAUCUUUUGUAUUCGUUAUCAGUAUUUUGUAAGCUUUGUAUUCACGGUAGAAGAAGCGGACAUGGAGCCAACGGUGAGCUGGUCUCCCGAACAGACCGAGGCGCUCCUCUCCCUGUGGUCGGAGGAGAAAAUUCAACAUCCAUCUGUUGUGACAAAUAUUCCCAAUUCCUUCACCACAAGUUUCCAAGGACUUAAAAAAACAGAAAUCACAAAGGAUGCUGCUUUCUACCCCAUUAAAGUGGAGGACUCUAAUACUCCGUGCACAAGCAACGGGGCGGUUGAGGCUUUAUUGCAGACUUCAGCCAUGUGGCCACCCACCGCUGUGGGAAGGAGAAGAGAUAAGCCCACGUGCAGCUGGUCAAAGAAAGAGGUCCUGACGUUGCUGACGCAUUGGGCCAAUCCGGCCGUGCAGCAGGAGCUCAGUCGCAACGUGAGGAACAACGCCGUCUACAGCAGCCUCAGCGCCAAACUGGCGUCGCUCGGGUACAACAAAACGGCGCAGAAGUGCAAGGAGAAACUGAAGAAGCUGAAGCAGGAUUACAGGAGAAUCAAGAACAGCAAUCACUUGGACGGUGGGAAGAACAUAUGGUUUGACAUCAUUGAUCAGGUUCUUGGCGCUUCAGUACAAAAACGUCCAGAAACCCCAAAGCUGCCCUCAGCAGAGCCCGCUCUACCAGUUUUGUUUGAAGAGAACUGUCAAGGUUUUUCCCCUUCGACAAACGAUUUUGACACCUUCUCCGAGCCCGACCCAGCGCCCACACCCUCCGACGUGAUGAAAGAAACGGAUUUCUUCGUAGUCAGAAUCGAAGACGGCACGCCAUCGACGAGCACUGCAGGUUCCUCCUCCGCCCAGCAGGCACCUGACAUGUUUGCAACCAGCCAUGUGAAAAAACGAAAAUACGUCCACACAUGCAGCUGGUCUAAAAAGGAGGUCCAGGCUUUGCUGGCUUACUGGGCCAAUCCGGUCAUCCAGGAGGAGCUCCGCCGCAACGUGAGAAACAACGCCGUCUACAACAGCCUCAGCGCCAAACUGGCGUCGCUGGGAUUUAGCAAGUCGGCACAGAAAUGCAAGGAGAAAAUAAAGAAACUGAAGCAGGACUACAGGAGGGUGAAGAACAGCCAGCAUGUUGGUUGGGCAAGGACUGCGUGGUUUGGGAUUCUGGAUGAAGUACUUGGUUCUCAGGGUGUGCCGUCGAAAUGUUCCAAAACUCUGAAUCCUUUAUCAGGAGAGCCAAAUGAAGGGGAUAUGGAGGCUGAGGAUGAAUGUAGGUGGUCUGCUGACGAAGUGCAGGUGCUCAUCACUCUCUGGGCGCAGCCAAACAUUCAGAAGCAGCUGCCCGCCUCAGGGGAAAACGACGAAGUCUUCACGUACCUCAGCGACGAGCUGGCUCAGGUCGGCUUCGCCAAGUCGCCGCAGCAGUGCAGCCUGAAAGUGGACAAGCUGAAGAAGGAGUACGCCAAACUGAAGCAGGAGGGGGCAAACGUGAACGACAAGAGCGACUGGUUUGCCAUCAUGGAUAGCGUUCUCUUCCCCGAAGGAGACGCUUCCAAAGAGCGUAACUUGUCUGCCGUGCUGACGGCCUCUAAUCCCCCCGAAGAUUUUUCGCACACUCUUUGGACAACGGAGGAAGUUGACGCUCUGCUGACAAAGUGGGCAGAGGAGCAUGUCCAGGAUCAGCUGAAAUCCACCGAGGACGACCAGAGGGUGUACGCCCAGCUGAGCUCCGAGCUCGCCACUCAGGGCUUCGAUAAGACCACCAGUCAGUGCAGGACCAAACUCCGACUGCUCAAACAAGAGUACGAGAGGAUCAAGGAGCAGAAGGACUCCAAAGCACAAAAGACUAGGUGGUUCGUCAUCAUGGAGAAUGUUUUCCGUUGCCACCAGCCUGAAACGGAGUCCAGGCCGUCGUCUGUGGAGACCUCACAGCAUGAACAACCUGAACGACUAGAAGCGUGCGACUUGUCCAUCCCGUCUCUGUGCCUCCUGGUUCCCACCCUGCGCCUGAUGUGUGCCUUUGCCUGGAAGGUGAUCCAGAGCGGCAACGCUCCACACUACCGAAAGGUGGAGGAGCUGGUGGUGCUGGUGACGGAGUUGUCUCCAGAGCUGCUUACAGCCAGAGAAAGAGUUCAGCUCCUGCUCAGACUGAGGGCGAGGUUUGUGCUGGAGUUGUGUCAGAGUCGGAGCACAGCGAACCUGCUGAACAUCCAACCUCACCUGAGGAUUAUUCAAGAUCUCAAGAUGAAUGCCGACUGCGGUCAGGAGGAGCUGAAUGAGUUGGAGAGUUCAAAGUCAAAUUUUGUAGAAGUUGUUUAUGCCUUGCUGGAGGACGCAGAGGAAAGAAAGAGGUUUUUCAAGGAAGUCUUCCCAACACACUAUGGAGAGCAGUAUGAAGCUACGCUGCAAAGAUUAGUUUGGAAAUUCAUCUCCAGAUUGGAUAAUCUCUUGCCCAUUCCUGAUAUAAAACAGACUGCAGAGUGGCUCAGUAGCGCCCCCUCAGUCAUGGAAGAAUGUGGGAAGCUGGUUUUGGAUCCAGAACAGCUGAGGACGCUGCUGAACUUCCAAGAGCAACAAACAGGAAAUCCAAACAAAUGCUUGCCUCAAGCUCAGAAUAUGUUUUUACCCUCGCUGUCUCUUCACCUGAAAGCGAACUCGAGGCAGCAACUACCAGUUCAACGCGAAGGGUCGGCUCCUGAUGACGACGAUGAAAGCCAAACGCACGAUAAUUCAGUCCUGGAGAACCUGGAAGAUAAACAGAGCGAUGGUGUGAUAGCAGCCAACUGCUCAAGUGUCAUGUCUACACCUUUAAAACUGCAUCGCUGCUCCAUGUGUUCCUUCACCGACACCAGAGUGUCUGCAUUCCUCAACCACAUCCGGCAGGAGCACCUGAGUCCGAUAGACGACACUUUUGAAGACCACUUCAUUCAAAACGCCAGCGUGGGGCUGGAUUGUGAGCUUUCCAGCGAACUCUUAUCAAAUGUAACAACAUCCAACAUCCAAGGUCCUCCAUAUCAAUGCGCCAAGUGUGACAAAAGGUACCUCUCCAAAUCGUCCCUGAUCGUCCACUACCGGAUCCACACAGGCGAGACUCCGUAUCUGUGCUCCCACUGCGGCCAAGGGUUCAGGUCCUCGGCCUACCUCGACCUGCACACGCGCGUCCACACUGGAGAGCGGCGCUACAAGUGUCACAUCUGCGGGAAAACCUCCAACCAGCACCUGACGAGGCACAUGCGCAUGCACAGAGGGGAGAAGAACUACCUGUGCACCGAGUGCGGCAAGGCGUUCCUCUCCAACGGGGAGCUGAAGCUUCACAUGCGGUAUCACACGGGGGAGAGGCCAUACACGUGCAAACACUGCGGGAAAGGCUUCAUCGCCAAAUGCCUGCUGACUGUUCACACUCGCCGGCACACCGGAGAGAGUCCCUACCGGUGUCCAAUGUGUCCGAAAUCCUUUCCCACGCUGAGAGCACAGAAAAAGCACCUUAAAAUCCACUCGAGCAAAAAGUCCUUACAGUGUUUGGAAUGUGGUCGGAUCUUCAGGCUGGAGGACACUUUCAAACUCCACGUUAAAACACAUGAACUAAUGUGAACCUGUUUUAACAACAUUCUGGUUUUUAAAAGUUCCAAGUUACACCUUUGCCAAAUGUUCCAACGUUGUUUUUUUGUUUAAUUCACUGCCUCUAGAAAGAUUAUCGCUUUUGUGACUCUAAAGGGAAAAGAAAAAAAACAGCUCAAGUUUGCAAUGCAGUUAUUUUAUAAAAACUGUAAAGCUAGCAUUCCAAAAAAAAAACAAAAAAACUCAACAGAAAUGACUGUUUAUGUUCUGAUGUUUUAUGAUUACUCUGAAAAUUCGAAUCAUGAUUUAAGACGUUUUUCACGGCGUUCAUGGGAGUGUAAUGAAAACAUGCGUAAAAUGGAUCCUUCGCAGACUUAUAAUAAAUGAGCUGUUACUUGA